UGCAACAAGAGCUUCUACCAGAAGACGCAUCUUGACAUCCAUAUACGCGCCCAUGCCGGUGAUAAGCCAUUUCCUUGCAAAGCACCUAGAUGUGGCCAGUCCUUCUCGCAUCUGAAUAACCUCAAGUUACAUGAAAGGCGUCACAACGAAGAGCGAUUA